CAGUUGAGUUUGUCUGCGCAUGCGUAUAAAUUGUACAUCCGUUAAAAAUUACGAAGCUGUUGAUCGGUAAUAAUUGAGAAAAAAUACAUUAAACCCAUGGAAAAAGUGUUAUAAAUAAAACAUUUACCGAAAUUAACAAUGGCCCACCAAGAUGGCCAACAAAAUGACCAUUUAAAUGAUAACUGGUUGACAGAUUUUGAAGAAGAAUGCUUAGAAGACAUAGAAAGUUCGGAAAAAAAUAUGGACGAUUCUGUUGAGAGAGAAACAGAUUUUGCGUUGCAGAAACUGUUCCAUCAGUUUCAGAAUUCUGCAACAGCCAUAGCUCAAUUAUACAAAGACCGCACUAGUGGGCUUUCUUUGUGGGUACCAUUUCAAAAUGCUGCUUCUUCAGUGACAACCUUAUAUAAAGACAGUGUUGAUACAGCUAAAAGCUGUAUGGAGCUUGGUGUUCAAAGAGGCAGACAGCGUAAUUUAAAAGACAUUGUGUCAUGGGUGAAAAAGCGACGAAGACACAUAAGAAGGGAGGACUUGUUAGCUUUUUUAAGUGAUAAAACACCUCCACAGAGAACAAAAGGUGGAAACAGUGUAAUGCGGCACAGUGCGUCUGCCCGAUUAGAAAGGAAUUUCCCACGGUUCCCGUCAAUGGACAGUCUACCUCGAAAUGCAGAGGGUGAUCUGCAGUGCUUCAGAGAAGCCAUAGCAUUACAAGGUCUUGACGGUGCUAUGUCCAACAUAAGUGUGGGCUUCCGACCCCAUAGCGCCAGUAAUCAACCCCCGCAUUCAGGAUUGCCUAAAAACAACAUAGAUGAACUGAACUCCUUCAUCCUCGAAGAAUUCUCCCGGAACUGUGACUCUCGCAAGCGUUCUGCCACUCCUGAUGUCAAUAUGGAUUCUCCGACACGGAAGAAAAAUAGAUUGUUUUAGAUAUCUGACAUUUUAUAUUAUUUCUUGGUUAACUUAACAUACGAAAGAAUUCUUAGAGAUUGUUGGGCAUUGUAAAAUUUUGAAUAACAAUAACUGCAAGUACAUGUAGAUGAACACUUAAAAAAUUAGUUUACAAGGAAUAUAAAUAAUUCUUAACAUUAAUGUUUUUCCUUUUGUAUAUUAUUCACUUGUAUACAUGAUUAUAGGAUUGUAUAAUUGUAUUAUAAAUAAAUUUAGUAUCUGUUCUGGUGAAUUCAUGUAGCACAUGCAUAUUACUGCUUCAAUACAUUAUGCCUGUGUCUCAAUCUGUAAUUUGUGCGGCAUUAUGUUCGUGAUUAUAAAAAUUGUGUUCCUCACUUUUAAUUGUAAGUUAUGUAAUAAUGUUGUUAUAGUUGAUGUUACAAAAAGCACAAAUAAUUUGGUAAAACCUUACAAAUUAAUUUUAAGCUCACCUGAGCACAAUGUGGUGAGCUUUUGUGAUUGCCUUUUGUCUGUUGUACGUUGUCAACAUUUGCCUUGUUAAAACUUUAGAGGCCACAUUUAUUGUCCAAUCUACAUGAAAUUUGGUCAGAAGAUAUGUGCCAAUGAUAAUAAUCUUGGACGAGUUUGAAAAUAGAUCUGGUUGAAAAACAUGGCUGCCAGGGGGAGGGGCACUUCAUAGGCCACAUUUAUUGUCCAAAACAUCAUGAAACUUUGUCAGAAGAUUUAUCCCAAUGAUUUCUCAGAGGAGUUGAAAAAUGGUUCAGAUUGCUUGAAUAACAGGUGGCGGGAUAUUUUUCCUUAAAUGGCUUAAUAUAUGGCUAUAGUUAAACAUUGUUAACACUUAUAAUUUUUCCGAUCUUCAUGAAAUUUGGUCAGAAGCUUUGUCCCAAUGAUAUCUUGGAAGAGUUCGAAAAUGGUUCCAUUUGGUUGAAAAACUUGGCCACCAGGGGGGGGGGGUAUUUUUUCUUAUAUAGCUAUAGUCAAACUUUGUUUACUCUCCAAAAGGCACAUUUAUUGUCCAAUCAGCAUGAAACUUGGUCAGAACAUGUGUUUGAAUGAUAUUUGGUCGAGUUCGAAAAUAGUUACAGUCUGUUGAAAAAUAUUGCCAGCAGGGGGAAGGGAAGUUAUACUUAUAUGGCUAUAGUAAAAUCUUGUCAGUACUGUAAAAUUAACAUUUAUAGUUCACUCUUCAUGAACAUUAGUUCUUAUGUUAUCUUGGGCUGCACAGAAAAGGUCAGUCACUUUGUAUCUCAGGUGAGGCAUUCUUGUUAUUUUUAGCUCAUCUAUUUUUUGAAAAAAAAUUAUGAGCUAUUGUCAUCACCUCGGCGUCGGCGUUGGCGUCGGCGUCCGGUUAAGUUUUGCGUUUAGGUCCACUUUUCUCAGAAAGUAUCAAUGCUAUUGCAUUCAAACUUGGUACACUUACUUACUAUCAUGAGGGGACUAGGCAGGCAAAGUUAGAUAACUCUGGCGUGCAUUUUGACAGAAUUAUGUGCCCUUUUUAUACUUAAAAAAUUGAAAAUUUUGGUUAAGUUUUGCAUUUAGUUCCACUUUUCUCAGUAAGUAUCAAUGCUAUUGCAUUCAAACUUGGUACACUUACUUACUAUCAUGAGGGGACUGGGCAGGCAAAGUUAGAUAACUCUGGCAUGCAUUUUGACAGAAUUAUGUGCCCUUUUUAUACUUAGAAAAUUGACAAUUUUGGUUAAGUUUUGUGUUUAGGUCCAUUUUAUUCCUUAAGCAUCAAAGCUAUUGCUUUCAUACUUGCAACACUUACUAACUAUCAUAAGGGGACUGUGCAGGCAAAGUAAUGUAACUCUGACUGGCAUUUUGACAGAAUUAUGUGCCCUUUUUAUACUUAGAAAAUUGAAAAUUUGAUUAAGUUUUGUGUUUAGGUCCACUUUAUUCCUACAGUAUCAAAGCUAUUGCUUUCAUACUUGCAAGAUUUAUGAACUAUCAUAAGGGGACGGUGCAGGCAAAGUUAUGUAACUCUGACUGGCAUUUGGACGGAAUUAUGGGCCCUUUAUACUUAGAAAAUUGAAAAUUUGGUUAAGAUUUAUGUUUUGGUCACUUUACCCCUAAAGUAUCAUAGAUAUUGCUUUCAUACUUGGAACACUCACAAACUAUCAUAAGGGUACAGUAAAAGGACAAGUUGCAUAACUCUGGUUGUCAUUGUUACGGAAUUAUGGCCCUUUUUUGACUUAGUAACUUUUAAUAUAUGGUUAAAUUUUGUGUUUCGAUCCACUCGAAGUAUCAAGGCUAUUGCUUUCAAACUUCAAAUACUUACAUGCUAUCAUGAGGUUACUGUACCUGGCAACUUGAAUUUUACUUUGACCUUUGAAUGACCUUGACUCUCAAGGUCAAAUUAUUAAAUUUUGCUAAAAUUGCCAUAACUUCUUUAUUUAUGAUUAGAUUUGAUUGAUACUUUGAU